AUGGAAAUGGGAGACGAUAAGAUGGAAUUUAUCACAGGUUUACCUCAUUCUCAUCGUAAGCUCGAUUCCAUAUGGGUGAUAGUCGAUAGGCUUACGAAAUCAGCUCAUUUCCUACAGGUCAGAUCUACAUAUACAGCAGAAAAUUAUGCUAGGUUAUAUAUUAAGGAUAUAGUACGGCUACACGGAGUACCAGUAUCUAUUAUAUCUGACCAUGGGGCCCAGUUUACAGCAUAUUUUUGGAGGUCAUUUCAGAGAGGUCUAGGGACCCAGGUGAAUCUCAGGUGGUUUGAUGUUGGAGAAUCUGGGUUACAUGGGCCCGACCUAGUUCAGCAGGCCAUAGAAAAAGUAAAGCUUAUCCGAGAGCGACUGUUGAUAGCUCAGAGUCGUCAGAAGUCAUAUUCCGACGUGCGGCGACGAGACUUAGAGUUCGGUGCUAAUGACUGGAUAUUCUUAAAGGUGUCACCUAUGAAAGGCGUGAUGAGGUUUGGCAAGAAAGGAAAGCUUAGCCCACGAUAUGGCUUGAAGUGGGAUACCUCAGCACAGCUCUAUUCAGGCCAGUGGGUCAUCAGCAUAUACAAUGAUAGUGAACCAUCUUCAUUUGAGGAAGCUGCUAUCAACCCUGUUUGGAAAGCAGCUAUGGCUCAGGAGUUUGAAGCCCUUCAUGCUAAUAAUACUUGGGAUCUAGGACCUAUGCCUCCCGGAAAGAAAGGCAAUAGGAUGUAG